UCGUAUAACAAUUAUCUUUAUCCAUGUGAUAAAUGUCAACAAAAGUGGUGGAAUACAGCAGAACGUUAGUCAUAAAUUCCCCUAUUGCUGGAAUAAAAGUCCCGUUCUACGUAGCAAAUACUAUGCAUAAUUAUUAAACAUGUUCCUUGUCCUAAAAUAAACUGAUGAGUUACUUGUAGUGUACGAUAUUGAGGGCGCUUUUACAUCCUUGUACAGCAGGCCAAACAGUACAAUCCUACAGUAUAGUACAAAUCCUUCGUUGCGCUCCGCAAACGCGGAAAUCAUUGUGAUCACAUGUCUUAAAUAUCGCAUAUGUCUAAAAAUAAUUCUGGGAAACGCCUUCGUCUGGUAAUAAAACAAGCGAAACUCUCUGACAUCUUCAUUAAUCGAUUGGACUCGCAACUAUAAACUAGGAGACUUAGUUAUAUAUUUUUAGUUCUAAACUAUUAUUUAAAAUAGCAAUUUUUGAUUUCAUAAAUCUAAUUAUGAAUAAAGGUAAAAUGUAUUCUAACUUCAACAAAAGUGCUUUAUGCGCCGUACUUGUAUUUCUGUCAGCAGUAUAUGGGAGCCCACUGUCGAGGAUGAGACGCUCAUCGACGUCUUCUAGCCAACAAGACGGGCCUUUCAGCAGGUGCUCCAACACAUCGUCGUUAACUUACCCACAACUGUAUUAUCCUGCGACAACGACUGUUCCCGUCCAUGCGUUUGAUACGAGUCUACUUUCACAAACUAACUACAAUACGGAGAGCGAGAUCCCACACAAAGAAUGUCCGUACAACAAGGUGCCAACUGACUAUAGUUUAUCUGAGUCUGGUCUCUGUCCGUUUGACUUUUAUGAAGACUACCAAGCUGAUCGUAUUCCAGCCACAAUUAUGAAAGCAAGGUGCCGACCGACCUGUACCACCUGCAUCGACCCCUUCGACAACACGCAGACGUCGACGUUGGGAUGUGAAGAAGUCAUGUACACAAUGAAAGCCAUGAGGAAAGUUGGCUGUGAGGGAAGUGUGUUCCAAUUUGAACAGUACGAUGAAAUCUUUCCGGUUGCCUGUAUUUGCCAAAGAACCGUGAGACCGUCGACCAACCCGGGUCCAGGUGGCCUACCACCAAAUUAAACGAUCGUCUACACGUCUGUUUAUCAUGGAAGUAAUUCAUUAAGGAGAGAUUAUUAUGGAAGUGUGUGUUAGCUGAAACCUUGAUUAUACAGAGUAUAUUUAUUUAUGCAGAGUAUUAUUAUUUAUAUAAAUACAAUUUUUAUAUUUGUUUUUCCAAUAACUGACGAUACGUGGUAUAUAAUGUGUGUUAAAUGUAAAUAUCAAAUAUAAAUAAAUAUAUUUAAUAAAUAUUUAUCUUUUACAUUAAAACUCAAAAUUGCAUUCAUUUUAGAACGCCAGUAAUCUUAAUUUAUAUUUAUUAUAACUAUUUAAUUUAGGAUAUAUUUUAUUUAAGUUGUUACGAUAUUUCAAUUGCGGAUAAAUCCGUAUUGUAAUAUAGUAUAUUAUUAUGGCUCAAAAGAGCCGAAGCUGAGGGGAUAUUUGUGUGGCACACGUGUCGAGUGAUACGUGUAAUGUGUUCAUGUGCAUUUUACACAUGACGCAAAUAAUCCCUAUCGGGACAUACUCGCUGUUGUAAGCAGUUUGAACAUUUUCAAGUAUCUACUAUGUAGAGAAUGAAUUUAUUGGUAACGCAUGACCAAGUGGUCACAUGCCCUUUUUUUUAUUAAGUACAUACGCAAAAAUUAUUUAUAUCAUAUUACAUUAUAAUAUAUAAUGCCUUUUAUAUUUCGACACAAAUAUGCCAAAUAUAUUAUUUAUUCUCCUUUUAGGAGUGAUCUGAAAUUGUACAUAAUUAUUAAUACGAAUUAUAGACGUGAAUGACGUUACAGUAGGCCUCAUUCAAACUUGGUUCUAAAAUUUUGGAGUUAAGACUAUAGUAUACGAAUUUAUCAAAUGCUAUUAUAAAGUUUAAUUAUUUUAUAUUUUCAAAUUUAAUGCAUAUAUGCCAAAUGAAUCAUGUAUUCCUAUUAUAUAAGUGACCUUAAAUUGUACAUAUUAUAUUCAUACAAAUUAUAGACACUGUCAAAAGUGCUUGCCAGCGGAUUAUAUUCAACCAAAGGCCUAAAGUUUUAGAGUUACGAAAGCUUACAAAUUUACCAAAUUUUAAUAUAUAUUUUACGUAGAAUUGUAGAUAAUGUAACGUAUUUAUACAUUGUAUAUAGAAAUCUAAAAACAAUGAAAUCUAUAUUCAAUCAUUGGCCUAAAAGUUGUUAAGGAAGUUUACGAAUUGAUUAAAUAUUUGUUGUAAUAUAAUUAUAAAUGUAAUAUAUCAAAAUUAUAUUUAGUUUUGGUAAUUAAGUUAUUUACAUACAAAUAAAGUUAUUUAUUACGGUAGGCUACUUAAGUUAUUUGAUCCAUUUGUUAGGAAAUUGUAGGUUUGAAUCAAUUUCUUUCAGGAUUUAAGGGGAAUUUAGCAAUAGUGAAAUAUUUGUGAUAAUCACAGAACUAUAAAUAGAAACUUAGCAUGGCAGAGAACUAUAUAUUAACAUACAACCAAAUUAUUUUCUGAAAGCUGUAUAGGAAUUAGAGGCUUAAUAUUUCAAAUACCGGCAGCAAUUUGUAUAGAAUAGAACAGAAAGUAGGCCGAAAGUUUUUAGAAAAGGUGUGAAUAAACAAACUGAUUGUUAAAAUUAUAGAUUGUACUUACAAAAUAGAUACUUGCUAAAGUUAUUAUUGUCGCUUUUGCAAAAUAAACUAUUAUAAUAAUACCUUC